GAAUAAUAUGAUUGGUGCUAUCAACCGUUCUCUCAUUGGCUCUGCUGCUAGAUCCCGUCUGCAGACUCGCUUCGGUCAUUCGUUGAUUGUUCCUUAUGCUCAUAUUCCAUGCACCAAGUUUGAGAAUGGUGUUCCUGUUAAGCAAGUCCGUGAGCUUACUGAAAAUGAAAAGGCUUGGGAGUUCUGGUCCACCAGUCCAGCCUUUUAUGAAAUCAAACCAUCUGCUAUCUUUGUUGCUCAUGUUCCCAAAGGCGAGUUGUGGGUUGUUGAGCGAGCUGGCAGUUUCAGCCGUGUGUUGUCUGCUGGAGCUCAUUUCUUUCUUCCACUUGUUGACAAGGUCUUUGCUGUCAAAUCUCCUCACACUGUUGUGUCUGGUGUUAUGGCUUCCAAUGUAUCUACAAAGAAUAAAGCCAAUGUUGAUGUCUACGCUGUCGUCUACUUCAAAGUGACCGACGCUCGAAAGUCUGCCUACUAUAUCAAUCCUGAGACCAACAAGAAGGAUUCUGAGCGUACUCUCGUGUCCAUCACUCGCCACAUUCUAGCCAGCGAGGUCGCCAAGCUUGAACUCACCGGCGAUCUUACUGCUGCCCACAAAUCCACGCUUACACAAAACAUUCUCUCGGCUCUUGAACAGCAGCAGAGUAAGCUUGGUAUUACUGUCUCUGAAAUCGAAAUUCGUGGUGUAUUCGAGGCCGAUAGCAAGGUUCGAGAUAAGCUUCGAGCUCUUGAUCCUCCCGCUCCAGACUACAGCACUCCAGGUCAUGACUUGGCUCCUGACUACUGGGCAGAACAUCUCACACCUCCUUACUUGAAAAAAAGGUGUAUGGCAGCGCCAAGCAGCCUCACACUCCUGCAGCUGUUUCUCUCCACCAGAUUUCCAUCAUUUCCACCAAGUUCCCAGGCUUGUCGUUGCUCCUUCAGAAGAAAAGACUGUUGCCAAGUCUCACUAGAGUCGAGGCGAAUAGGCCUGAUCACUGCCAUCUGUUUCUUAUUUUCAAUUCCAUCUUCUUACGAUCCACUUUGUGAGGGUUUUUUGAAGUAGUUUGAAAGGUUAGAAAAUACAUUUAUUUUCUCGAGCC